CUCGAAACUGACCGAGGCCAAACGCAUCAGGGAGAACGCUGUGGGCACCAUCAUAGAGUUGACCAAGGGUAAUGACAAUAUGCCCGAUCUACUCUGCGCAAUAAAAGCAUAUACGGACCAAAUGGUGAAUCUAUACGAACAGGUGGAUGACAAUACCCGCACUUUUGUCAGUCAAAUCAUGGGUCUGUACAAUGAUAUGGCCGACUCGGCCGCUAAACUGUCGGUCAAAGCGAGCACCGGGUGUGACAUCGAGAACGGCCAUAAGCUUGAAGGCGCGCAAAAGUACAAGUCGUUUCUGUUCCCAGUG